CGAUGCACGAGCUUCUGCUCUUCGCCUCGGUUCCCGUGCAUCAGCAUCAUGAGCUCCUCCAACAACUGGCCGGUCUGACGGCCAUGCAGCCCCGGCACCAACUGGAGCGGCGUCUGGUGUUCAAAGCGCACCGCAAACCCGGCUUGACCACCGCCCGCGUAGGUGCAAGCCAAGAUGUCCAGGGCUCCGAGCUGCAGCGUCUGAAUAAGAUGCUCAACGGGGGGUUGUACUACACACAAGUGGUUGGUCCUGUCUCGGAGUCGGAUUUUGGUGCAAAAGCCCACCCGGUCAACGAUCAGGAUGCGUCCAUGACGGGGACGGACGAGAACAACAAAACAGCAGGGAGCGAGGAGACCUAUGACUACGAGCAGCAGCCCUGGAGACUCGAAUUCAGAGAUAUCCCCGAGGCAGGGACUCGGUCGGCUGUCACAGCUCGCACGAUGGCCAGCGCCACUCUGCCCAGAGGGGAUGUGAUGCACCUCAUGACUGCCUGGGGCUAUAGCUUUGUCACCGAAUAUCUUGUGGAAGGCGAUACCUUUAUACUCAAUGAUAUCGUCAUUUUCCUACAUCGCGUACUCCAUUACCCGGAAGGGCAAGAGUUUCGGGAGCCUCGGCAGCAUUUGCCCCCUUUGAAAGACAUGCGCCCCCUUGAGAGGACUGGGAGCUAUGUGCUACAGGCCGUGAUCACCGUCCAGGAUGGUAGCAAUCAGGAAACGAUGAAGACCGCUUCACAGCAUCUCUUUGGGCUCCGCGAGCAGCUCAAAUCUGCGGUUCGCCUGGAGCAAGCAGAUAGGUUGUCUCUAGAUACAAGAGUGAAGGGAUGAAUAUCUUCGCCUUCGCCGUUCUCAUGUCCAUUUUCGCAUAUACCCGGGGGUUGAGUCCUCUACCUCGACAUGAAAGCAAAAAGCAUAGGUUUAGUCAAAGUACUACUAUUCAAUAAACCCGUUUUGUUACAAAAGGGAAUAGAUUAGAAAUAAUACUAUAUACUUUUGACUCAAG